AUGUCAGCUAUCAUCUCCAAGGCCACCAACGUCGUCAACGGCUUAGUCACCAAGUCUACCCAAGUUGCCAACUCCGCCCUUUACUGGACCAAGGUCGGUGCCGAAGUCGGCAAAGUCGUCUACAAGAAGGAAGGGUUGGCUCCACCAUCAGGACAACAAUUCCAACAAUUGUACCAAAACGCCUUGAAGUUCGUCCAAUCUCCAGCACAACAAAAGGAGUUCCUCUCCAAGGCUGCCCAAAUUCAGCCAAACAAAGAGACUGCUGUUAAGGCUGCCGUUUACGGUACCCAAUUAUUGGCUUUCUUCUCUAUUGGUGAAAUAAUCGGUAGAAGAAGCAUUUUCGGCUACCCAUCUUCCGGAAGCCACCACUAG